AUGAGCUCGGAGGUUCUGUCAGCUAACUCGGAUGUGUUCGCGGGUUUGAUUGCUCAGAAGUCUCCAGGUUUGACAUGCAGGAUGGAAGUCUCUGAUGUGGAGAAUCUUGGCGUUUUUAAGGAAACUGUGGAACUCAUGUUUGAGGAAAGUAAUGGCAUUAUCAAGAAGCUCAUGAAAAUGGGUGUUUACAGAGCCAUUGAUGUACUCGAGGUAGUGGCUGGAAUCAAAGUCUCUAGAGCCGGCUUGUCCUAUCUGAAAUAUCUUGAAGCUGUUCCAUGGACUGAAGACGAAGAGGAAAGAUUGAGGAGAGUUCUUGCACUUUAUAAUUUGGAUGAUGCUGCAACUGAAGAAAUUUUAGCGAGGUUUAAUUCAAACGAGACAGAGAACACACAGGAAAACUUAUCAAAGCAGCUGGUUUGGUCAAUAACCUCUUGCAGUGAUACAAAUCCUAGAAACGAGCUAAUAUCUCUGGUGAAAGGUAUUCUUUGCAAAAGUUCAGUGUACGAGAAAGAACAGCCUGAGAUCAACAAGGAAGACAUAUAUAAAGCAGGCAAGUACUGUGUGUAUUCACUUGUUAAGCUGUUCGAAGAGGGACGUAGUAGCAAGAGCGGAAGGCCAUUGAUUGAAGGUAUAUCAAGGGAAGUGGAGAACAUAAUUUGGCUGUUGGAAAUCAUGAUAGACUGGGAAAUAGCUGAAGAAUUUGUGGAGAUAUGGGGGAAGCAAAGAAAGCUAGUGGAGAUGCAUGAGGAAGCGUCGCCAAUGGUGAGGGAGAGUGUAAUGCGGAGGAGAAGCAAGAGCGGGGCUAGUAGAUAUGUGGUUCAAGCCAAUGUUGCUAGAUUUCGGGUGGCUGCAAAGGUGCAAGAAGGGAUUAGACGCGAGGGAAGUGGAAGAAGGGAUGGGGCAUACGCUUUUAACACUGCCACUGACGCAGCAGUAUCCAGUGUUCAUCGAAUGGUUCAGGUGGUUCUCUAA